CGAAGACAGAUUCGACAACGAACGUUCUUAAGGAACAAAGUUGGCAUUUAAAAUAAAUACAAGCAAGUUAGGUCUCAAAUUAAUCAAAAAACAUGGAAGAUAAAGUCGUCAGUGAGAAAACGGCAUCGAAAAAUUAUAUAUCGGAGACAGAUGACAUCUCAAAUGGAGAAGUGGACUACGAUCAAUUACUCUCAUCAGCUGGGGAGUUCGGCCGAUACCAGUGGUUUCUAUUCUUUGCCACUUUCCCAUUCUACAUAUUCGGUACAUUUUCAUAUUACUCGCAAAUUUUUAUGACAGAACCUGCGCAGAAUCAUUGGUGCUGGGUUCCAGAGUUAGCGAACUUGAGUGAACAUGACCGCCGGACCUUGGCUAUCCCAUCAGAUAAAGAUGGUCGUUUCGGUUAUUCACAAUGCACAGUUUAUUCCGCAAACUGGAGUGAUGUCUUGAUAAGCGGAAUAAAACCAAACGAAUCUUGGCCGACUGAAACCUGUCAAAAUGGAUGGGAAUUCGACAAGUCUGAAAUACCUUAUCCAACUGUGUCCAGUGAUUGGGGAUGGGUAUGUGACAGGGACAGUUAUCAAGCUACUGCACAAUCAGUAUUCUUUCUUGGAUGUAUACUGGGAGGCUUCGUCGUUGGAUGGGUGGCUGAUAAAUUUGGAAGAGUUCCAGCGGCUGUGUUUGCUAACGUUAUUGGCUGUGUAGCUGGGAUAGCCAGUACAUUUACGACUUCAUUCUUAGAGUUCUCUAUAUGCCGAUUUUUCAUGGGAAUGUCUUAUGAUAACUGUAUGAUGAUGAUAUAUCUUCUAGUACUUGAAUUUGUAGCGCCGAAGUACAGAACAAUUAUUGCUAAUUUGCCUUUUGCAAUUUUCUAUACUCUUGGCGUUAGUGCAUUGCCUUGGAUUUCUCUCGCAUGCGGUCACUGGAAGAUUAUUGGCUUGGUAACAAGUUCUACAAUGGCAUUGGCUAUAUUUACACCAUUCAUUGUUCCUGAGAGCCCGAGAUGGUUGCUAUCAAAAGGACGAGUUGAUGAAGCUGUAAGCAAACUCAUAAAAAUCGGAGAAAUCAAUAAAAAAGAAAUACCAUCGAAACUUAUUGAAGAAUUUAAAUUAUCGGUAAAGAGUGAGAAAAAACAAAAGAGUGUUAGCUCUCUAGAAUUACUUAAAAGGCCUAUAUUAAGAAAGAUUUUUAUUACCAUGUGUAUGGUUUACAUGUGUUGUAUGAUUGUUUUUGAUGCUUUAGUUAGAAGCGUCGGUAGUUUAGGAUUCGACUUUUUCUUAUCUUUUACAUUAGUAUCGCUAACGGAAUUCCCUGCGUUGGUGAUAGUAGCUUUUGUUUUGGAUCUGACAGGCCGAAAGUGGCUAACUAUUAUUUCCUUUACAUCGUGCUGUAUAUUUAGUUUUGCAACAGCCUUCGUUGGUGGGGGCUUGCAAUCAGUCCUAUGUGCUGUAGUUGCCAGAUUUUUUGUGAACAUAGCUACUAACACGUCUAUACAGUGGGCCGCAGAGAUGUUGCCAACGAUGGUAAGAGGUUCAGGCACAUCAAUUGUCCAUAUCUGUGGUUAUGUAGCUACUGUUAUUUCUCCAUAUAUUGUGUAUUUGGAAACUUACGUCUUAUGGCUUCCCCUCGUCAUAGUAGGAUCUCUUGCAGGAUUGGGUGCAGCGCUUGCUUUAAUUUUGCCUGAAACUGCGAGAAGAGAUAUGCCCCAAACAUUUGAAGACGCCGAAGAGUUAAUAAGAAAUCAAAAGCUAUUCGAAAUACCAUUUUUAGAAAAGAAAAAACGAGAGGCAUCUGGUCAUGUAAACUCAUCAUUCCAAAUGAGUUGAAGUAAUAAAAUAUAAUUAAGUUCUUGUAAUCGCAGAUGCAAAAGCGAAAUGUCCCUUGUCCUUAUACCAUUCGUUUUUUUUUAAAUACAGCUUGAAUAAAUUAUAAAGGCUAUAGCGAAUAAUCCGAAAAAUUGUAAAACGAAAUUUCGAAACAGCGACUGUUCAGUAUUAUAUUUGAUAUUGUUUUAUUUAAAUGUGUGAAAAAGUGUUGUAUAAAUAAAUACAAAUUAAAAACUA